AUGGCGGAGUAUAAAAUCCGGGACUACCGAGAUUCGGACUAUGAGGUGGUUCGGGAGCUCAUCUCUCACGGCAUGAGCGAAUACGUUCCCAGCGUCUGCACCCAUGUCCUCAAACUUCCCUGGGUCCUCUUCGUCCUGACCUGCAUCUUUCUCAUGCUGCUCUGCAGCUCCAAAUCCUUCAUCUUACCCUUCAUGGCCGUCACCCUGCUGCUGGCGUUGGGCCGCCAAGUCCUCGGCUACUGCUGGUCCUUGUACAUAGACCACUGCCUGCAAGAGGACCUGCAGGACAUCCGGAAGACCUACAUGGAGGGUGAGGGCUCCCACUUCUGGGUGGUAGACGCUGAGGACAGUAUCGUAGGGACAGUUGCCGCGUUGCCUUCAGAGGAGAACGUCAAGGAGUUGCUCCUGAAGAGAAUGUCGGUGAGAAAAGACUUCAGAGGGCUCGGGAUUGCCAAAGCCUUGUCACGGGAGGUUAUCAGCUUUGCCAGGCAAAGAGGCUACAAGGCCGUCGUCCUCAACACGAUGGUGGUCCAGGUGGAGGCCAAGAAGAUGUAUGAGAGCGUAGGCUUCAAAAAAUACCUGGAAUACGUCAUGCCCACCUUAUAUGGGAAGCUGAUUAACUUCAAAAUCUCCAAGUAUCGCUAUGACAUCUUCCCAGCCAGCUAG